AUGUGCAAACUUUUCAUCGCCGUCGCCCUUCUCGCUGUCGUCUAUGCUCACCCAACAAUGCCAACAUCUGAUGAAAUGAAGCAAGCUCUUGUUUCUGCUGGAGUCUCUGAGGCUGCUGCCGCAGGAGUCGUUGAGAUCGCCGACAAGUACAAGAGCCAAUUCGAAGGACUCAAGGGAGACCACGAGGCUGGAAAGAAGCUCUUCGAGACUGUCAAGACCGAGACUGACGCCUACAUCGCCACUCAAUCCGAAGCCGACCAGACCGCUUACAAGGCAUUCGUUGAAAAGAAGAUGGAGGAGAUGAAGGCUCACAAGGCCGCCGCCGGAGCAGAGAGCGCAUAA